AUGGGUCGCGGGGAUCAGCAGCCCCCCCUGUACCGCACCCCAUGCCGUGACGGGAGCGGGCAUGCAGAGGACAAGGACAAAAUGAUCCUAAUAACUGGCAAGCCGUUACCCAAGAAGACCUGGCGCAGGAUGAAGCGGGCUGAGAGCUCAACGCCAGGAGCUCGUCGUCAUGCACGUACGCAGGACACCAGCACGUAUCAGGUGGGAGAUGGCCUUGUUCGAGGCAAGGUAAACCGGGAGAUCCUCCAAACGGUCUUCGGCGAAGCCCUGAAGACCUCGAUUGCGGUGUACAACAGCCCGCAAGAGUGGGACGGCCUUCUUUUCAGUGACAGCGACGACGAGGGCGAGAAGAAAGGGCAAAGCAAGGAUGAUGCCGAUCUCAUUGGCACCGACCAGACCACAUGGAAACUUCAGGAGACAGACCAAGUUGUUUAUAGUGAAAAAAAGAUGGUUCGAUGGUAA